CGCGAAAAUCUGUGGAGCUGGUUAUUGAGUCUACACGGUUCUCAUGUGGCAGUUAAAUUCCGCUACGCCGCUCAGCAGCGUUUCAUUGUAUUCCGCCUAUCGACGUGCAAAACUCAGAGACAUGGCUGAAACCGCUCCAGCUGCCGCUGCCCCGCCGGCUAAAGCUCCCAAGAAGAGAUCGGCGUCUAAACCCAAGAAAACGGGCCCGAGCGUCAGGGACCUGAUCGUCAAGACUGUGUCCGCGUCCAAAGAGAGGAGUGGCGUGUCCCUCGCCGCCCUGAAGAAGGCUCUUUCUGCGGGUGGCUACGAUGUGGAGAAGAACAACUCCCGCGUCAAGCUGGCCAUCAAGAGUUUGGUGACCAAUGGAACCCUGGUCCAGACCAAAGGUACCGGCGCCUCCGGCUCCUUCAAACUCAACAAGAAGCAAACCGAAACCAAGAAGAAACCUGCUAAGAAAGCCCCCGCGAAAGCAAAGAAGCCUGCUGCCAAGAAACCCACCGUCAAGAAAUCCCCCAAAAAGGUGAAGAAACCGGCCGCCACCGCUGCAAAGAAGGCAACAAAGAGCCCCAAGAAGGCCAAGAAGCCUGCAGCUGCAAAGAAACCAACCAAGAGCCCCAAAAAAGCCAAAAAGCCUGCAGCUGCUAAGAAGCCCGCCAAGAGCCCCAAGAAGGCCAAGGCAGUCAAACCCAGAACGGCGAAGCCUAAUGCAACCAAGCCUAAAAAGGCGGCUCCCAAAAAGAAAAAGAGGAGGGGGUUUGCAAGCGUGUACGUCUGCGGACUGCAAGACAGGGGCGUAACUUGAAAGAGGCGUAAGUUGGAAGUUGUCCAAAUCACACAGAACCACGCGAGAUGUCAAAACGAUAAGUUGUUGGCAAUAUGGCCGCUUUAAACAGGGCACAAGAGUAGAAUAUCGAUUACGUUCUUAAGGAAAGCAGGCGUUUUAGCCAGGAUUUGAUGCAUGAUGUGUGAGUGGAUAUUAAUGUUAGGGGACAAUGUGAGUGAUGUUUUAGUAGGAAAACCUAUUAUGUGAUCCACACUCCGGAACAUAAGAGGGCGGUAUAAUGCACCAAUAAGCUGGAUGCCAACCGCCAAUAAACUGGAAAGAAGACGAAUGACAGAUUACUGUGAGAGACAACGGUGAGAAUAUAUUUUUUCCCCCGAAAUAAUUCUUUAAAUUGAAGUGUAUAGGUCAUUUUCAUAAAGUGGUAUCGUUUUGUGGUUAAUAGUCUAUUAAAACUAAGGUGUAAAGUCAGCAAAAUAUAACCAAAAGACGUAAAGACGCUAUCCCCGUUUCACAGACAAGUCUAGUCAAGACUAAUUGAACUAUGGCCUGAUCCUGGCUUAAUCUAAACCCUGUCUGUGACCUACAUACAGUAAUAUAGCAUAUUUGUGAUUUUGCUGUAAACACGUUUUAUAAUGCAUAACUUACAAGGGAGCUCCAUUAAGUACACAUCUCAUAAGUGGAUUUACAUAAACCAUAUACAUCUUGAAGAUUAUUACUAAAUGUCUAUUUAUCAUCUGACUGGAUAGUCUUUGAUAAGUAUUGCAGAUGAGCUCAUCUAACAGACAUGAAACAUGCAUCUGAGUGAUGUCUGUGUGAUAUUGUGUAGAAUUCACUUUUGUCAGCACUGCUUUAGAUGAGUGUAAGUGAUGUACACAAAUCUACAUACAGUAACUAAACAAAGGUUAUCUAUUUUAUUUGUCCAUUUGCAAUAUUGAUAAUUUAAGGAACAUUUGUGUUAAAUGAAAAGUGAGUUACACCAGCUAGCUCAACAUGUAAAUGCAGUAU